UGGGUUUAAGACAGGGGUGAUCAGCCUCACUGUUGGGUUGUUACCAUGACAUCUAACAACAGAAAACUAAUAUUAUUAUGACCUAUUUAUUCUCCUGUAUAUAUGCAUGUUACAUUUUACUAACUCACCCACCAUUACAGAUGACCAUCUCACCCAUCAUUAUAGAUGACCAUCUCACCCAUCAUUACAGAUGACCAUCUCACCCAUCAUUACAGAUGACCAUCUCACCCAUCAUUACAGAUGGCUAUCUCACCCAUCAUUACAGAUUACCAUCUCAUCCACCAUUACAGAUGCCCAUCUCACCAACCAUUACAGAUUACUAACUCACCCAUCAUUACAUAUGGCCAUCUCACCCAUCAUUACAGAUGGCCAACUCAACCAUCAUUGCAGAUGGCCAUCUCACCCACCAUUAUAGAUUACCAACUCACCCAUCAUUACAAAUUACCAUCUCACCCAUCAUUACAGAUGACCAUCUCACCCACCAUUACAGAUGGCUAUCUCACCCACCAUAACAGAUUACCAACUCAUCUAUUACUAUCUCACCCACCAUUACAGAUUACUAACUCACCCAUCAUUACAUAUGACCAUAUCACCCAUCAUUACAGAUGACUAUCUCACCCAUUAUUACAGAUUACCAUCUCACCCAUCAUUACAGAUGACCAUCUCACCCAUCAUUACAGAUGGCUAUCUCACCCAUCAUUACAGAUUACCAUCUCACCAACCAUUACAGAUUACCAUCUCACCCACCAUUACAGAUUACCAACUCACCCACCAUUACAGAUUCACCAUCUCACCCACCAUUACAGAUUACCAACUCACCGACCACGAUUAUUAUAGCUGAUUGAUCAGAUGCAUAUUAAUUAAUUGAAAUCACAAAUUAUUAUUCCUAAUUAGGUUUCUAAAACCAUGUCGAGGGGGAGGGUCGGAACAAAGUACUUUUUGUGGUUCCUCCAAAGCGUCCACUAUCACAUCACUUAACUUUUUAUAAUUUUCAGGCAGCUUGAAAGUGAGUGUGCGUCAAUCAAAGAACAUUCAGCCAUGUUGCAAGAAAUGCUUAUGGCCAAAAAUGAGAUUAUCGAAAAACUGACAUCGCAAAUUUAUGAAUUAGAAAAUAGUCAUGGUGACCAUUUACAUAGAGUAUCUGUUACCAACGGAGAACCAACAACUUAUCCCAACCAACAAAAGCAUUUUGAACUUCCCAGUGCCAAAGAAGUUGAAAGCUUAAAGGAUGCAUGUAAAGCCUAUGAAUUACAGAAUAAAUUCUUAAGUAAAGAAAUUUUAGAAUUGAAUGAACUACGCCAUUAUGAUAUGACCAGAGAGAAAAUGAUAUUAAUAGAUACAGCCAAACUAGAAGGUGAUUUUCUACAGACAAGGAGUAAAUAUCUAUAUCUAUUAAAGGAAUUAGAAAAACCAAAACUAGGUGGUGAAGAGUCAGAAGAGGCCAAGAAACAGGAGGUGAUAAAUCAGUUAUUAGAAGAUGCUCUUGAAUCGGAGAAAACACAAAGAGUCACUGACAGACGGCAGUUGUUUCUUUCUUCACAAAGUACUCAAGAAGUCGAUAAAUAUGGUUUCCAGAAAUGGGUAUAUGAUGAUGACGUGGACCUUAUACUAGCCAGAGCUGGUCAGUUACAGGAUGAAUCGGAUAAAUUGACCAAUAAACUCAAGGAAGCGGAAGAAGCGACAUCACAUCAAGUAAAAUGGGAGAACUUUAUGGUUGGUCAGAGUGGAAAAUAUCUGACCCGUUCUCCAGAAUUAAAAACUUUAAUACGAUUAGGUAUUCCACACGAAUACAGAGAACAAAUAUGGAGAGGGUGUAUUAAUUUGUAUGUUGGAGAAACGAAGACUAAAUUAGGUCCAUCAUAUUAUAAAGAUUUAGUUCAAAAAGGAAAAUCAUCCAAUUCAGCUAAACAGAUAGAAUUAGAUUUAUUAAGAACCUUACCUACAAACGUCCAUUUUGAAUCGUUAGAAUCUGACGGGAUAAAGAAACUACGGCAUGUUUUAUUGGCCUAUAGUAAGCAUAAUCCAGACAUUGGCUACUGUCAGGGUUUAAAUCGACUUGUAGCUAUAGCGUUAUUAUUUUUAACAGAAGAGGAGUCGUUCUGGUGUUUAGUAGCUAUAGUAGAUCAUAUCAUGCCUAAAGAUUAUUAUACUAAAACAUUAGCAGCGGCACAGGCAGAUCAGAGAGUAUUAAAGGACUUAAUACAAGAAAAGUUACCCAAGUUAUAUAGCCAUUUUGAGACGUAUGAUGUUGACCUAUCAUUGUUUACGUUUAAUUGGUUCCUGACCGUGUUCGUUGAUAAUAUACCACCUGAUACAUUUCUUAAAGUCUGGGAUUCAUUCCUUUAUGAAGGCAGUAAGGUGAUGUUCCGGUUUGCUAUAGCUUUCUUAAAACUUGUUGAAGAUGACAUUUUAAUACAAAGCAGCUCUUUAGCAAUAAAUCGUUAUAUGAGGGUUAUAGGAGACAAAUUAACUCAUUCAAAGAGAAUAUCACAGAUUGCCUUUCAUGACUUAAAUCCAUUUCCAAUGCGUACAGUGUCUUCCAGACGACUACAUCACUUACAGCAAGUCAGAACUGAACUAGCUGAAUUGGAUAUUAUACGACAGAAAUUUUCUUCCAAAGCUAUACCAGAAGAUAGAAAGGAUUAUUAUGAUGAUGAAGAUGACGAUGAUGAUGAAGAGGAAAUAUCGUGAGAUUGUUGAAGAUGAGUUUUAGUGUGAUUGUGUGAUAUUUAACUAAAGUUUUUAUAUGAUCAAAAUAUGAGAAAUAUUUAUUUUUAUAAAUUAUGAAAUGUUAAAUCGUAGGCUAAGUUUCUGUUCAUUGUUCGUUGUUAGCAUAUCAGUUUAUAUUUAUAUAUCGUGGGGGGAUGGAUGGCUGAAUGGUUAGCAUGUGCGCGCUGUAUCAUAAGGUCUGUCAUUGAGUCAGCUGGCUGGUUUCAAUUCCCUGGUUGUACGUGACAAGGAGUAGGGUCGCAUGUCCAACCUCGUGGGUUUUCUCUGCGUCCUCCGGUUUCCUCCCACUGCUAAAGACCCCUAUUCGCAAGCGAAUUAUUAAAAUAAAAUUGAACCAUGUGUUAGUCCCGAAAUGACCUAGUUUGUGUCGAGUGGACGUUAAACCCCAUUUCUCUCUCUCUUAUAUAUCGUACAACCAGGGUCUCCAACCCUUCGUUCUUUGUUGAUAUUAUAUAUUUAUCCUAAGAGGGGUCCCCAACCAUUUCAGCCCGAGGGAAGGAGUAGCUGUCGUACGGAUGGUCUUUGUGGGCAUAUCAGACCCUGUUACUAAAACUAUCCGUUCGUAGCCGGAACUUAACCAUGGGGUUAUUCUAAAUCUAAUCAAACAUGUUUUAAACAUUAAUUGUAGACUAAUAUACAAUCAUUUACUGUGUUCACCACUUGCGAGUGUAUCAGGAACGGUUCUGGAGCAGAGUUUUUGAAUUUUCUGUAAUGUAAAUGGGUCAACUGUAGCCUUAACCCUUUGGACCCGAGCUGGAGUACAGAGCAGCUGGUAUACUGGCCACCAUAGGUACCUGUUCGGCAAAUCAGUAACGAACAGAUACCUGUGGGAGCCGAUAUACCGACUGGUUGGAAUUCUAGCUGGGUUUUUUUUAGCCACUCAGGUCCUAAGAGUUCAUAAUAUUAUGAAAAAAUGUUUUGGUCCAUUUUUACCCUGGGAGGCUAGUAUAUAGGCCUAAUAUCGUCAGGAUGUCCAAAGGGUUAAGUCUUUGUAUUUCGCUCAAGAAAAUCAUCAAUAAACGUAUUGAAUGCGGUGACUGUUUUAAGAAUACCAGGAAUGAUUCUAAGUUUAGAGCAGUUAAUUUAAAUAAGGUCUACUGUAUUUAAUCUCAUAUAUAAUACUGUCUCUAUUUUAAACCCUUUUUAUAUUGUCAUGUAUUUCACUAUAUAUAAACUUAUAUACAAACACAUGCCUCAAAAAACAGCUAUAUUAAAAUGUAAUUCUGUAUUUAAAUUCCAAACAUAUCUUUGAAAUUAGCUGAAAAUAAAAUGAAAGCUAAACAAAUACCAUAGCAACCAAAAGCAGCAUAUUUCAUGCAUUUAUGAUAGGAAUUUGUCAUUGGGUAACUAAAAGAGACAUUUUUUGAUGGCUCGCAAUGUCAUUUUUGUAUAUCCUGUCAUGGAUCUGAGAUUUGUGUCUCAAUUAGUUUAAACAAUAUUUGAUUCAGAUAAGAUUCAUAUUAGGUACAUACAUUGUCAAUUUAUCUCCUUAUUGAAAAUCGUAAUACAAAAUACAAUUACAAAAUGCACACUUCGUAUAACAAAAAUACAUGUAGCAGUAUGAUAAUUGAUUUAUAUUUGAUGUUAAUCAUGUUAGUAAAUUUAAUGUGUCACUUUUAUUACAUUAAAAUUUCAUAAUAUACUUGGUGCGUAUAAUGUUCCAUUUAGCCAGAGGUGAUUUAAUGGGAAUCCAAUAUUCCCCAGCUAAAUAUAUAACCACCAUAAAUAAUAUAUUCAAUAAUAUUGUCAUUCCGCUCCUUAGUUAUAAAGCGUAAAUUAAUUCCUAGAAUAUAGAUUUAAAUUUAUAGUAUUUGUAAAAUUGAAUAUCUAUAAUAUUGUCAUUCCGCUCCAUAUAGUUAUAAAGUGUAAAUUAAUUCCUAGAAUAUAGAUUUAAAUUUAUAGUAUUUGUAAAAUUGAAUAUCUCUCAUGAGGCUCCAAUCUGAUUAAAACACGGAUUCUAUUUCAUGUUGUUUUUCAUAGUUCAAAAUUUUGUUUUACUUGUCUUUACAUAUAACAUGCGUUCUAGUUGAUGUGAGGGAUUAGCAAAUGAAACAGUCUGUUGCAAGGAGUUCUUGCUGUGUGGUGCACAGAACUAUGGGAAUCCCACUAAAAACAUCAAUGCUGAAUGGUUAAUCUACUGUCUAAGGUCAAAAGCCACUCGUAUGACCUCUGACACUACAACUGGUCAGAUCUUCAUGUAGUGCAAGCCGUCGAAAGAAUACAAAUACGAAAUGAAAUAUAGAUCUGUAUUUUAAUGAGAUUGAUGAAACUAGUUUCUCCAUAAUUGUUUUAAUACCGUGUCUGUGUUGUAAAGUUUAAACAUACAUUAUGCAAGAGCUAAAUCUGCCUAUUGCCGGUCUUUCUUUAGGCCUGAAAUGUUAUGUUAAUUAGACAUUAAUUAACAAAACAGGACCAUGAUCAACUCUAUAUGACAUCACUAGCCUGCGAUAUUUACUGGAUUGGAAUAUAUUUUUUUAAAAGAUAAUUCAACUUAAAAAUGGAUAAUCAAGACUUUGUUUUUUUUUUUAUCUUGCCGAGGCUAGCCCAAAAUUCAAAAGCUAUUAUCUCCGUUCAGAGUGGAGCAUAUUCUAUUUUUUUAACUAUUAUAGCGAGACCUGUCAACUCUUUAUUUAAUCUCCCAUAAUGCUCCUUUAAUUGAUUCACAGAAUAUAUAUUGAAAUUUAUAGUAUUCAAACUUGGUUAUUGGAACAGUUUGUGUUUGUGUAAUUUUAAAACUGAAAAUCUAUGUCAUUGGCGAGUAGCUGUCCCAGAUAUCUCUCAUGCAGCUACCAGUUUCGUUAUUAUUCGAAGUCUCCAUUUAUCAUUAUAUACCUCAAUUGCCUCCUAGUAAAUAUAUUGGAAUUUAUAGUAUUUGUAGUAAAAUUUGUUAUAAUUGUAUACCCUAGUCAAAGUGAUUUAUGUGUAAAAAGAUUGUUAUUGAUCCGCGUGAUUAUUAUAUAAAGAAUAAUUUUUAUACAAACCAUUUCUAUAUUUUAAUGAUGUAACAGCUGUAGUAUAUAGGUUUCAUAUUUAUUAUAAACCAGUUUUCUCGAGGUUAACUGUUCACUUAUAAAACAGCUGACUGUUAUUUCUAUUCCAUUAAAAUAGUCGGGCAGUUGAAUGGCCCAAUAGUUAGCAUGUGUGCACUGUAUCAUAAGGUCUGUCAUUGAGUCAAUUGGCAUGGUUUCGAUUCCCCUGUUGUACGUGACAAGGAGUAGGGUCGCCUGUCCCACCUUGUGGGUUUUCUCCAGGUCUUCCGGUUUCCUCCCACUGCUAAAGACCCCUAUGCGCAAGCGAAUUAUUGAAAUAAAAUUGAACCAUAUGUUAGUCCCGAAAUGACCUAGUUUGUGUCUAGUGGACGUUAAACCCCAUCUCUCCCUCUCUUUAUAAUUUACAUGUAUAUAUACCUUAGAGAGCACGAGUUAAUCCCAUCUUCCUCAUAGACUAUAACCGGGCACGGUACGGUAAAUAUUUUAUAUAGCGUACUGUACCGAGUACCGUGCCAAUUUGCCCCACUGAAGUGAAGUGGUCACGGCACCGUGCCACAUUGUCUAUGAUUGUUUCUAAUAUGACUGAAUUAUCUGAAGUGAUUACUUCAUGUACAGUGUAUUUUGUAUUUUUAAUUGUUAUAUAAAAUUGUUAUUAUUGUUAAUCUAUUCUUUCUAGCUAUUCUUGCCUUAAUUUCAUUUACUCCUUGUUUCACAAAAAUUUUCAGCUGAUGAUGGUUUCAAUUCCCCGCUUGUACGUGACAAGGAGUAGGGUCGCCUGUCCAACCUCGUGGGUUUUCUCUGGGUCUUCCGGUUUCCCCCCACUGCUAAAGACCCCUAUGCGCAAGCGAAUUAUUGAAAUAAAAUUGAACCAUAUGUUAGUCCCAAAAUGAUCUAGUUUGUGUCCAGUGGACGUUAAACCCCAUUUCUCUCUUACCCCCUUCUCUAUCACUCUUCUUCGCACGCCUACCCAUAAAUACUAAAUAAACUGCUCUAGACAUCUAGAGAUGUGGCUGAGCUUUUAUAGUAUUGACAUGGACACAGCUAUAUAAAAUUAAUGAUUCCUUGUGUUCAUUUCAAAUUAAAUUUACUGGCUGAUAUACGCACAGCUGUAAACCAAAGUUAUAAAAUAUUAAACCCAACGGUAGUACCUGCUUUUGUAUAAUUUUGUAUAUAAUUUUGGCUAAUCCCUCACAUCAUCCAGAACGCGGAUUAUAUAACAACUCUUCCAGAUCCUAGUGUAGUAAAGAUGAAUUAAACGAAAUUUUGAACUAAAAAACGAAACGAAAUAGGAUCUGUGUUUUAAUCAGAUUGUGUUACACAAAGGAAAUUACUUUUUAAAAUACUCAAUUAUAGCAUUCUUGUUAGUAUUAGUAUGAUAUUUGAAUUAUUAGUUUUAAAAAUAAAUGUACAUAAUAGUAGGAUAUUAUAGAGUCUGUAUAAUAUUAGUUGUAUAUUAUUAGUACAUGUAUUAUACUUGUAUGAAUAUGACAGUACUUAUAUUAAUAGUUUGG